AUGAGACUUCAUCCGUCCACAUGCUAUCCUCAAUUUCCAAGCACAACCAGCACACAAAAUCGUCUUCUCAGUCGAAUUUCUCCUUUAAAACGUUAUCAAACUUCUUCCAUUUGUUUUAUUGGUUGUAAUCCGAUAACAUAUUCUACUAUAUCAUGUCUACUAUCACAAAAGUGUCUCAUCCAUAGUAUAAAACUAUUUGACAUACACGGGAUUAAACAAGCAAAAUUACAAAUAUUUGAUCUUCAAGUAGUUGCAAUAUUAAAUAAAUUAGAUGUCAAAAUUCAGUAUUCACAUUCGUACUAUGAAACAAAAAAUAGUACACUUGUCAUCAUUAAUGUACAACAUAAUCGAUUAGCUAAUGAAUCGAUAAUGAAAUGGACACAAAUUAAUGCCUAUUUAAUAGAAACUGUUGUUUUAGAAAUAUGUAAAUAUUCUCCUAACUGUUCACUAUUAAUCGUUACACAACCGAAUGAAUUGAUGACUUAUUUUGCAUGGAAAGUAAGUGGAUUUUCAUCAGAUCGUGUCAUAGGUGUAGGUGCUGCGGUGGAAACCGCUCAUCUGUAUCAAAUAUUGUCUCAAUCGUUAUUAAUGACAGGCAAAAUGAACGGAGUGUUAUACAUUGGCGAUAAUAGACAUCUAAAUGAGUGUGGAAAUAUUUUAUCAGAUGAUGUCAAUAUAAAUGGUAUAAUAUAUAAUGAUUUGAAAAAAAAUGUUGUACCCAGUUUAAAUAAGAAAAUUAAAACAAAGGCAACUGUACAAGAUGGUAUCCGAUCAGCAAAAUUUGUCUCUGAAAACGAAAUGGCUGUGAAAAGAAAAAGAAUAGAUCGACAAACACCCUCAACCAGACCUAGAAGAUUAGUAAAAUCAAUAUUUAGAGCAAAUGAAAAUACCAUGAACGAAGAAGAAAAGGAUAAUCGAGAGAAAAAAGACAGACAAAAUUAUUUGAAAAACAAUGAGAAGAAAAGUGAUCUAAGUUUACUAUUUGAAAAAGAUAAUAAUAUAUAUUUGAAUACAAGACGACAACCAUCUGUCAUUGAUGAUAUAUCUUUGAGAGAAGCAAAAUCAGUGAAAUAUUUCAAUACGAAAGAAAAUAAGAAUCAAACUUCAUCUUUAACAUCACUGUUAUUGUCUAAUGAUUUAACAAAUAUUGUGAAGAAAAUAUAUCGCUAUAAAACUCAUUCAAACUGGACACAAUCGUUUAUUAUAGCUAAAUUAUGUCGUGCAAUUCUAGAAGGAAAACAAUUUCAAUCAAAUUUAGCUGUGAAUAUUUAUUCGUUAUAUUCACAAAAUCAGAAUGAGAAUAUAUUUCUUAAUUAUCCAGUUACCAUUGCGUAUACAAUAGAAAAUAUGAUACCACUUUACAGUGGUAUCAAAACAAUCAACGAUAAAUUAUUGAGACAAUAUAAAAAACUUCAAAUGAGUAUAGAAUUGAAAUCCAUGGAAAAUAUAAAUCGAAACCAACCAAAAGUUCAACUUGUUUAUGCUCUCAGUAAAGAGCGACCAACAAUGAUAAUCAACAAUAGUCAAAAAUCUCACCAAAAAAUAUUAGAAUCAACACAAACACCGAACAUUACUCAACAGCAAAUAGAUGAGAAAGAGGAUGAAUAUGCAGACUAA